CCUCUGAGAAUACAGAGAUACGCAAUGUCUGGUCCAACUGAUGAGACUGCAGGAGACCUGCCUGUGAAAGAUACAGGUCUAAAUCUCUUUGGAAUGGGAGGGUUACAAGAAACUUCAACAACACGGACAAUGAAGUCUCGCCAGGCAGUGUCACGUAUCAGUCGUGAGGAACUGGAAGACAGAUUUUUGCGUUUGCAUGAUGAGAACAUUUUACUUAAACAGCAUGCCCGCAAGCAAGAGGAUAAAAUUAAAAGAAUGGCCACCAAGUUAAUACGGCUAGUUAAUGACAAGAAAAGAUAUGAAUGGGUUGGUGGCGGCCCCAAGCGGCUGGGAAGAGAUGUGGAAAUGGAAGAAAUGAUUGAGCGGCUGCAAGAGAAAGUUCAUGAUCUUGAAAGACAAAAUGAAGUGCUCAAAAACAGACUAAUUUCAACCAAACAGCAACUUCAGAUCCAGGGUCACAGGCAAACUCCAUACAGUUAUGUGCAAUCUCGUGUUAACACUGGGCGUAGAAAAGUGAAUGAAAAUGCAGGCUUACAGGAAUGCCCCAGGAAAGGUAUUAAAUUCCAAGAUAAAGAUAUAGCAGAAACUCUGCAACCCAUGCCUACAAAACAUGGCAACAUUUUACUUGAAGAAGCCAGAGGAGAAAUAAGAAAUUUAGAAAAUGUUAUUCAGUCACAGAGAGGCCAGAUAGAAGAGUUAGAGCACUUGGCUGAGAUCCUGAAAAAUCAGUUGAGGAGAAAAGAAAAUGAAAUUGAGUUAUCUCUUCUUCAGCUUCGAGAACAGCAGGCUACAGAUCAAAGGUCAAACAUUCGGGACAAUGUAGAAAUGAUUAAGCUUCAUAAGCAGCUAGUGGAGAAAAGCAAUGCUCUUUCAGUAAUGGAAGGAAAAUUUAUUCAGCUUCAAGAGAAGCAAAAAACUCUCCGGAUCAGCCAUGAUGCCUUGAUGGCAAAUGGAGAUGAGCUAAACAUGCAGCUUAAAGAGCAGCGUUUAAAAUGCUGCAGUCUUGAGAAGCAGUUACGUUCCAUGACAUUUUCUGAAAGAAAAAUAGAAGAGCUGCAGGAUAGAAUAAAUGAUUUAGAAAAGGAACGGGAACUUUUAAAGGAAAACUAUGAUAAACUUUAUAACAGUGCCUUCAGUGCUGCCCAUGAAGAGCAAUGGAAGUUAAAGGAACAGCAGCUGAAAGUACAGAUUGCUCAACUCGAGACUGCCUUAAAAUCCGAUUUAACAGACAAAACUGAAAUCCUUGACAGAUUAAAAACUGAAAGAGACCAAAAUGAGAAAAUCAUUCAAGAAAAUAGAGAACUACAGUUACAGUACCUGGAACAAAAGCAGCAACUUGAUGAACUUAAAAACCGCAUGAAGUUUUACAACCAGGAGAGUGAUAUUAAUGCUGAUGAAUUGAGUGAAGCUCUCCUGCUUAUAAAGGCUCAAAAAUCACAAAAAAAUGGAGACCUUUCUUUUUUAGAGAAAGUAGACAGUAAAAUUAAUAAAGAUCUAGAACGCUCCAUGAAAGAGCUGCAAGCAACUCAUGCAGAAACAGUGCAAGAACUUGAAAAGACAAGAAACAUGCUAAUUAUGCAACAUAAAAUUAAUAAAGAUUAUCAGAUGGAAGUUGAGGCAGUGACCCAGAAGAUGGAAAAUUUGCAGCAAGAUUAUGAACUCAGAGUGGAACAGUAUGUCCACCUUCUUGAUACCAGGGCUGCACGCAUCCAGAAACUAGAAGCCCAAUUAAAGGAUAUUGCCUAUGGCACCAAGCAGUACAAAUUUAAACCAGAAAUCAUGCCAGAUGACUCUGUUGAUGAGUUUGAUGAAACCAUUCACUUAGAACGGGGCGAAAACCUAUUUGAAAUCCAUAUCAACAAAGUAACCUUUUCUUCUGAAGUUUUACAGGCAUCUGGAGAUAAAGAGCCUGUCACCUUCUGUACCUAUGCUUUCUAUGAUUUUGAACUACAGACAACUCCCAUAGUGCGGGGCCUUCACCCAGAAUAUAACUUUACUUCUCAAUAUCUCGUUCAUGUUAAUGACUUAUUCUUACAAUACAUUCAGAAAAAUACUAUUACUCUUGAGGUCCACCAGGCUUACAGCACAGAUUAUGAAACAAUCGCGGCAUGUCAAUUGAGAUUCCAUGAAAUUCUAGAAAAAAGCGGUCGAAUAUUUUGCACAGCAAGUUUGGUUGGAACUAAAGGAGACAUCCCCAAUUUUGGCACAGUGGAAUACUGGUUCCGAUUAAGAGUUCCCAUGGAUCAAGCUAUUCGACUUUAUCGAGAACGGGCAAAGGCUUUGGGAUAUAUAACAUCAAAUUUUAAGGGGCCAGAGCAAAUGCAAUGGUUAAGUCAGCAAGCACCCAAAACUGCUCAGCUCGGUUCUACUGAUUCCACAGAUGGCAACUUAAAUGAACUUCACGUUACAGUAAAAUGCUGCAGCGGCCUGCAGUCCCGAGCAAGUCACCUUCAGCCACACCCAUAUGUUGUGUACAAGUUUUCUGACUUUGCAGACCAUGACACAGCCAUCAUUCCCAGUAGCAGUGAUCCACAGUUUGAUGAUCAUAUGUGUUUCCCAGUGCCAAUGAAUAUGGAUUUGGAUCGAUACCUUAAGUCAGAGUCUCUGAGUUUUUAUGUGUUUGAUGAUAGUGAUACCCAGGAGGAUUUUUACAUAGGAAAAGUCAAUGUGCCUCUGAUUUCACUGGCACAUGACCGGUGUAUUUCAGGAAUAUUUGAGUUAACAGAUCAUAAAAAGCAUCCUGCAGGAAGCAUCCAUGUUAUAUUGAAAUGGAAAUUUGCUUACCUUCCACCAAGUGGAUCCAUAACAACUGAAGACUUAGGGAAUUUCAUACACAAAGAAGAGUCUGAAGUUGUUCAAAGACUACCUCCAACAUCGUCUGUUAGCACACUAGUUGUAGCACCAACACCUAAACCAAGACGUUUAACACCUAAAGAUAAGAAGGUAUCUUUUGUGGAUAUCACACCACAUCAGCAUUCUGAGACCUGUACUCCUUCUGAAGAUAUGAAGGAAAUUUCACCAGAAGUGGAACAUAUGCCAGAAAUAGAAAUUAAUAUGCCAACUGUUUCACAUAUUCCUGAGGUUUCUCAGGAAAGCAGUGUAGAUAAGGUAAAAGAGAAUACAGAGAAAGUGCAACAAGGAAAAGAUGAUGAUGUGUCUUUACUCUCUGAGGGUCAGCUUGCAGAGCGAACUUUGACUUCUUCUGAAGAUGAAACAGAAAUAACUGAAGAACUGGAACCAGAAGGUGAAGAAGACAGAUCAGCUUCUGACAGUGAUGAGUGUAUUAUUCCAGGUCCUAUCGCCAAGAACAUCAAACAGCCAUCAGAAAAAAUUCGGAUUGAGAUCAUAGCUCUAAGCCUUAAUGAGUCUUCAGUAACUGCAGAUGAUACUAUCCAGCGACUAUUCGUUGAGUGCCGAUUCUACAGUCUUCCUGCUGAAGAGACACCUGUGUCACUUCCAAAACCCAAAAGUGGGCAGUGGGUCUACUAUAACUAUAGCAAUGUGAUCUACGUGGAUAAAGAAAACAACCAAGCCAAGAGAGACAUCUUAAAAGCUAUACUACUUAAACAAGAGAUGCCUAAUAGAAGUGUUCUACUGUACAGAUCCAACAUAACUAUCAGCACUCCAGUGUGUAAAACUCACAGCGUUCGCUUCACUGUGGUCAGUGACCCUCCAGAGGAUGAGCAGGAUCUGGAGUGUGAGGACAUUGGCAUUGCUAACGUUGACCUCGCUGACAUGUUUCGGGAAGGGAGAGACAUCAUCGAGCAAAGUAUUGAUGUUUUGGAUGCUCGAGCAGAUGGUGGAGGUAUUGGCAAGCUCAGGGUAACUGUCGAAGCACUCCAUGCCCUACGGUCUGUCUACGAGCAAUACAGAGAUGACUUGGAGGCUUGAAAGAAACUGCUCCAGAGGCAUCUCUUACUCCUGAGUAAAUGCUCACAUGAAAGCACUUAGAUGAGAUUUUCGUAAUUACUCUGGUGUAUGUAAUCUAUAAUUCAUGGGAAGCUGGGAGGGGGGAGGCCUGGGUUUGAAGUGUUCAAGUUUUGUAUACUUUUUCCAUUUGUUUAUUUUUCUAUCCCCUCCUUCCCAUGACUGCCACCCCCUCAGGACUUAAGUUCUCUACAGUGGGCAACACCUUCUCAAUAAUUUAUACCUACAUGAUAACAUGAGAAAGUCUAUUUGCAUUUUCAACAUUUUCUUAUGAAAAACUGAAAUGCAAUUCCCAUUUUUAUUUUUAAUAAGCAAAAAGCAUAAAUCUUAGAAAACCUAUGAAAAAGAAAUACUUUUAUGUUAUCCCUAAUUGUCCCACUAAAUGGAAUGUGUAUGAUUAGCCUCAUUAAGAGUUUUGCACUGUGAAGAUUUUAUUAGAAGCAAUAUAUGAAAAUUACUUGGAUUAAUGUGUUAAUCUUCCUCUUUAAAAUGCUAAUAUCCAUUUUAUGCACAUUAAAGCUCAGUAUGCAUUUUC